UCCCAAUUUUUUAUCUUUCAGCUUUUAAAACAAUUAAAUUUUAAUUAAUUUUAAAUAAAACAAAAAAAAAUCUCGACAAAACCUUUUUCUGAACGACACAACCGCAUCUCGACAAAACCUUCUUCUCCCACGAUCUCCAAAUCGAUCUCCACUUCUCAACAAUGGAACUACAAAAAGGUUUCAGAUCUCUCAAAAUCAAUAUUCCUUUCAGAUUACUUCUCACCCUUAUUCCCCGAUUUCUGAGAGCAAAAACCAAUGAUUUCUCAAUUUCUCAAUCAAUUGAACGGUGUAUUUCUCAAUUUCUCCCUAUCUCUACUGAGCCUCCGUCGUUUGAUUUGAAUCAAAGAUAUGCCGCUCGACAUUACACCUAUUUCCCAAUUAACUUUAGGCACUGAUCCAUGUAAAAUCAAUGUUCGAAUUGUCCGUCUUUGGGGUUUUCCAAAAAAGAAUAAACCAGAAGAAUUUACAGGAAUUGAUCUUCUCAUUGUGGAUGAAAAGGGAAGUAGGAUACAAGCUUCUGUAAAAGGAAAAUUACUCGAUAAAUUUCAGAAGGACUUAAAAGAAGGGAAAUGUUGUGUUCUUAUGAACUUUGAAUUAUGCCCAAAUCUAGGAAAAUUUCGGAGUUGUGACCAUCCUUACAAGAUCAAUUUCAUAUUCUACACAUGUGUUAAACCAAGCGAGGAGAUUCCUAAUCUAGAAGCGUGUUUCAACUUAUGUCCUUUUCCUGAGAUAUUAGCAAGAAGAAAUGAUGAUACUAUAUUCAUUGACAUUAUUGGUGAGAUUGUUGGGAUGAAUGAAGUUAAGAGUAUCACUACUGCUGAAGGUCCAACAAAGUUGCUUAAUCUUCAGCUUAAAGAUCUUGGGGAUUCACUUAUUGAUGUUGCCUUAUGGGGUAAACUUGCAGAAGAUGUCUACUCUAAUAUUAAAUCCCAACCAUCAGGUCCUGUUGUUUUUCUUGGAAGUUUGAUGAAGACUUUGCUAUAUCAAGGUAAAGGCACAGUUCAAAGCUCAAAAUUUACAACAAAAGCUUAUAUCAAUUCUCCACUACCAGAGAUUCUUCAGUUUCAAGAAGCGUUGUGCAACGAAGAACCAAGAUUAGCUAUUACUGAAAUAAUAUCUUCAAAGUCGGCUCAUAUUUCCAAACAAUCAUUUCACUUAUCUGAAAGAAAAACAAUCAUCGAACUCAUGGAAACUAACCAAGUACAUUGCACCAUGUGAAGCUGCGUGGAGGAUAUUUGGAUUUGAAAUACACUAUAGUAGUGUUCAUAUUCAAAGACUGAAUAUUCAUCUA